CUAUUCCAGGAGGGCCGGAGACAGGGGCCCCCACCUCGAGAGAAACAGAAAAGACAGCUUACUACAUUCAACCGAAAAAUCACAAAAAUAAAAAAUAAUCCUUUUAAGUAGCUCUUACAAAAUUUCCCUCACGAUCACUCUCAAAGUGGAGGAAAGUAAAAGUUUGAGGAAUUAUUCAAUCUAGAGGAAGCAUGAAGGGCCAUGAAUCAAAGAUCCCAAGAAUGGAGGACAUUCUUAACCUUCCGGUGCAAGAUCCUCCUUGUUCAGAGUUUUCUGCUGCUCACAUAAAGUGGGUAAAAGUAGAAGGUGGUCGCCAUGGUGGUGAUGAUAUUGCUUUAAUCCCUUUUGCUAGAGUAGAUGAUUUUGUUAAAGGAGAGUCAUCUAAUGCAGAAUGUCCUGCUAGUUUCCGCAUUGAGUCGAGGAGGAAGAGAUCUGAAGGGAGUAUCAGCAAACCAAGGGUUGAUGGAUAUCUUGAGUAUACACUAUACUGGUGUUCUUAUGGUCCUGAAGAUUACCGAGAUAGCGAGUCUGGUCUUGGGGAUGUCUCAAACAUGAAACCUGCCACAGGGAAGGGAAGCAGGCCAGGGCGACGCCACAUGAUGAGAGGUUGCCUUUGCCAUUUUACUGUAAAACGCUUGUACACCCGCCCCCUCCUUGCCCUUAUUAUAUAUAAUCAAAGGAAGCAUGUAGAUAAAACAGGGGCCCCUUGUCAUGGGAUACUUGAUCAGGAUGCGGUGGGGACAAGAGCUAUGUAUGCUCCACGAAUCUCAGAGGAAUUACGCCAGAAGGUGAUAUCUAUGCUUUAUGUUGGAAUAUCUUUGGACAACAUAUUUCAGCAUCACAUGGAUGUGGUCCAAAGGCAUGGGGGCCCACACAACCGAGAUGAUUUUCUCACACGAAACGAUGUUCGCAACAUUGAAAGAGUCAUUCGUAAUACAUCACAUGAACUUCAUAUUGAUGAUGAAUGCAGUGUAAAAGUAUGGGUACAAAGGCAUCAAAAACAUGUUUUUUACUUCCAAGAUGCUUCUGGUUCAGAACCUUUUAUUUUGGGGAUACAGACAGAUUGGCAGCUGCAACAGAUGCUUCACUAUGGACAUAAUGGUUCAAUAGCUUCUCAUUCUACCUUUGGCUCAAAGAAACUUAAGUAUCCCUUAUCCACUUUACUCGUCUUUGACUCAUCCCAAAAUGCAAUUCCUGUUGCUUGGGUGAUUACCUCCGCUUUGGUUGGUCAAGAUGUUCAUAAAUGGAUAGGUUCCCUUUCUGAAAGAAUCCGGGCAAAGGACCCUAGAUGGAGAGUCAAUGCCUUCUUAAUAGAUGAUCCUUCUUUUGGGAUUUCAGUCAUAAGAGAUGCUUUCCAGUGCCGGGUUCUAUUGUGUGUCUGGCAUGUUCGCCGUGCUUGGAUAAGGAGUCUUUUAAAGAAGUGCUGCAACAUUGAUGUGCAGCGAGAGAUGUUUAAGCAUUUGGGUUGGAUUUUGUAUUCCUCAAGAAGCGGGCCAAAUGCUAUGGAUGCAGUUGAAGAAUUCUUGGAAAUAUUUGUUGAUCAAUCUGCUUUUAUAGAUUAUUUCAAGAGCCGAUGGUCACCAUACAUAGAAUCAUGGGUUAGCGGCAUAAGGUCCCUUCCGGUAGCUGGUCCAGAGCCCCAUGCUGCCAUUGAGUCCUAUCACCGAAGAUUGAAGUACAAGCUUUUUAAUGAGCAACAUGCUAAUUUCUGGUCUAGAAUUGACUGGUUAAUUCACGCUUUGACCACAGAAUUUCACUCCUUAUAUUGGUUAGAACAAUACACCAGAGAAACAGGAUAUUUUCCAAAUUUUAGAGAUGAAUCUUUCUCAACCAAUGCUUGGUAUCAGGCCCUCCACAUACCAAAUGUCGAUGUUAUAUUGGAUGAGCAGAAUCUCCAGCUUGCAAAGGUCAUCUCCCAAACAGACAGAAACCUGGCUUAUGCAAUUUGGAACCCUGGUUCAGAAUUUUCCCUCUGUGAAUGCGACUGGUCAAGUCUGGGAAAUCUCUGUAAGCAUGUCAUCAAGGUGGCAAUGAUAUGUAAAAACCGGCAGGUUGCAAGGCCAUUGUUGUCAGCUCAAAUUUAUAGGCAGACCUUGCUUAGUCUUCUGCAUAAUCCCCCUGAUGAUCCUGUUAUUCUUGAUCAUGCUAUUCUGUGUGCAACUCGCUUGCAACAGGAUAUCAAAGGCUUGGAAGACUUGUCUAACAGUGGGCUACUCCAGCAAUCGCCUCCUGAGAUUAAUUCUCAAGUAGCAGAUAAUACUCUCUUUUUUCCACGUUCUCAUUGAUUACAGCAUCCUAAAAAGGCAAUUGAACACUUUCAGUGAGGCUGUGAAGUUAUAAGUUAUCUUCUGACAAUCUAGCUUCUGAUUGAGGAAGAAUGCAUAUUAUCAUGCUUGGAAAAGCAAACAUGAAGUUUUAAAUGUAUGGCUUUCAAACUCCACCUACUUGAGGUUUUAAGCUGUUCAGCUGCCAAGGUCUAUAUUGUUCUCUAUUCUCCUUCCCACAGCAGGUAUUCUUUGGUAUUUUCUCAUCUUUUCUGCUAAAAGUUAACUUUUUUUCUUUCUCUAACCAUACUGCAGUGACAUAAAGUGGAGGGUCAUUGGCGAAUUAUGUUUGUUUUGGAAAUUUACUGGGACUUUCUCAAUGGUAACAACUAGAUUUACUUCUUCUGCGACUGAAACUGCUGCAAUCAAAUCGUAUAAUCUUUGUGUUUGAAAUCUUUUAUUCUGGCUUUGGUCAGAAAAGCGUAUGAAAACCUUGCAGGUAUGGUCGAGCAGUGUUCUCAGGUUUAAUAUGACAAACUUGCUUUAUUAAGCAAAAAUUGUCCCACAAAAAGUAUGUUCUCAGGUGGUCCUGGUUUAUUUUCAUUUUCAUUUUGUUUUUUUUUUUUGAAAGGUGGAAUAUCAGCUUUCAUUACUGAGUAGGGUCAAAAAAGAGGAGAAAAUUUAGUUGGUUCAUGACAAGUUUAAAUAUCCAGCAAAAUGAAAUGAGAAGUUUCUAAAUGUCAAAUUUAACCCUUUUAGUCCAUGAAUUGGAUAUGAAAAUCAUUCCAAGCAACGGAAUUGACAGAAGACUUAUAUGUUUGUUUAGUUAAUCUGAGCUUAUAAAUAUGUGUAUAAGCUGAAGUUGCUGGCUGAACUGUAUUGUUUUUAGAUUGAAAAUUACUUAUGCCUUUUUAGACACUGUAAGGUUUGCAGUCUCAUUCAUUGAAACCUGAGGUCAGGUUGUUUUGAAUUGAUUAUAUCUAAUCCUUGGUAUUUGAAGGCAUGUUAGUUUUUUGGAAUUUCCAUUGUCCUAUUUGGGAUAUUUUCAUAUCUCAGAUUCCUAAUUCAAAUAUUACACUCAACCAUGUGGGAGUGGAGUCCACUAUUUUGUCCCAGCAAAGUUGAUCCGGCUACCAACUGAGCAAGUUCCAGAGUAGGAAUAGAACAGAAAUUACUUGUAAGAAUAAGUUUCUAGUGAGUCAUGACUGAAAAAGUCUUGAGUGGUUUGAGAUUGAAAUUUCUGGUUAUCUUAUGCAAUCAGACUUGCUUAGUCGGAUUGAAAUAUGUAAUUCAAUAUUCUUUAACAAGGACUUAUCUCGGGUCGCACAUAUUUGCUGCUACAUUUUCAACCAGGUACCCAAUUAUGGGAAUAUGUCACGGCUCAGGUCAAAUGAGGAUUAGGAGUGCAUACUGGGUGUGCGCAUGAGGAGUCUGAGGCCCAUGGAAAUUCUCUUUCUAUUGGCCAGGUUGAUGGGAAACCUCUAUUUGUGCCUAGGGGCCAAAAGCACACAGCCUGGUUGUCCAGGCUCUUCAGCCACCCGCACCAGCAAGCAGACAGUCAGGCACAGAGGGCCAGAAUUGUGAAACAACUACUGGGAGCCUCGUCUUGCAAUUUGAAUGCCACUAGCCGUAACUCACACUCUCCUUAGUCGUUACUCACAUGGAGCCUCUCUUAGGUACAUUUUUGACUUGUCUAAGUAGGGACAUUUGUGUAGAAGGCUUUGCCUGUAUAAGCUCCAGCGUAAAUCAUUGUAUAGCUGAUGAAACACUUAUAAUUCAAAGGCUUUUUUUGCCGUCAA